AUGGAUGAUCGAUGCCUUCGGAACGCCACUUGCAAGUGUAGCAUGUGCGCAAACUUUGACGUAGCGUCUCUCAUCAGCAUUUCCAAGGCCAUUUCAUCUAACAUUAAGUAUGGAGAUAGUGAAGACGACGAUACAGAACACAAUACAAUCGCUUCGCUGCCCAAAAUUAGCGGCGUUGCCCAUUCACCGCCUGUCCCGUCCCAAUUGGCGACAGUUAAGGCUGAUUCUCCACCGUUAACAGCCACAAUGAGGCCACCACCGACUCCAACAAUUGUCCAGACUAUCAGUAUUGCUGCCUCGACAGACGAUGUUGUCAUGACUGAUCCUGAAGCAUCGUCGCUUUCUAAAAUGGAGGUUGAUAGUUCCACAGUCAAUAAUGAACAAAAUGACACAAUUGGCAUCGACGUUGUACUACCAAAACUGACAGAUACGAACUGGAAAGUGCGGAAAGAAGGAUAUGAAGAACUGAAGACAUUGUUUGAGCAGUCAGAAUUUGAUUCGAAACAAGCAGAAGUAGUUUUAGAUCUGUUCCCAAAGAUGUGUGAAGAUACGAAUGCCAGUGCUAUGGAGGCAGGAAUUGCUGCUGUACUGACGUAUACUCAAGCUGUAGAGCCUUUUAAUGAAGGUAUUGUGAGUGGAGUGAUGACCCGUGUCAUCGAUAAAGGAUUUUCAGCACGACCAGGCAUCGUAAAGCUUGGGACGGAGCUUACAGAUGCAUUCAUUGCAGCAGGUGCUGCUGAAAAGACAGUAACGGCUUUAUUGGAAGGAACGACGAACCGUAAGCCUAAAGUACCACCAGUUUGUGCCACAUGUAUACUUGAUGCAUUAAAGGAGUAUGGACCACGCGUUGUCCCGCUGCAAGCCAUUAAAGCAGCGUUACCGAAAUUGAUGGAAGGGGCAGUAAAAGUACGUCCGAUUGCGAUGAGUGUGAUGGUGGAGAUACAUCGCUGGACUGGUACAGCUCUGCUUCAAGAUAUAUUGGCUAAUUUACGACAGGCGCAGCAGACAGAAUUUGAAGAAAAAACAAAGGACAUUGUACCUGGCCAGGUUGUACCCACAAAGUUCGUCAGAGGUGCUCAGUCGAUCAAAGCAGCUGCUGGAUCAUCGAGACGUCAGGAUUCAAUGAAUGGUAUCAGCCUGGCUGAUUCCUCUUCAGCUUUUGACCCGCGAGAAUUUGUAGAGACCGUUGAUUUGCUGGUCAAGCUAUCAAAGUCGGAAUUCAGGAAAAAAUUAGCACUACCAAAGUGGAGCGAAAAAGUGGAGGCUCUGAAAAUUGUACUGGAACUGAUCGGACCCGUUCCAAAACUAGCAAAUGGCGAUUACUAUGAACUUGUGUCGACAUUAAAAGCACUGACAAAUGACUCGAAUGUCAACAUUGUAGCCAAGUCUAUCGAAGUGCUUGGUGUGCUAGCCGACGGCUUACGUAAAAAUUUCACGCAGUAUGCUCGGAUCAUGUUUCCAGAACUUUUGCGAAAACUUUCAGACAAAAAGGCUUUGAUUUUGAGUGCAACCAAUAGAGCAUUAGACUUGUUUCUCCAGCAUGCUUUGACCAUAGAGAUGAUGAUGGAGGAGCUCAAGCUGGCAUGCGAUUCGACAAAGAAUAAGGCCCCACCAGCCCGCGUUCAAACGAUGGCUUUUAUAGCUCGAGCUGUGGAAAAUCGCUAUGUAGAUCUAAAUGAUAAGACGCUAAUCGUGUCACUAGGGGGAAUGUUUCUGAAAGGCAUCGAUGACACAGAUCCGAAGGUGCGGGAAGCAGGUCAAAAAUACUUUAUUGAACUUUUACAAGCGACUGACCAAACAGCUGGAUGGCUACAAAUAAUUAUGGACGAGAUUGCGCGCAAGAAUCCUCGAGCACACAAGACAAUUCAGCGAGGUCUUAGCGGCGGUGUGUCUUCCGCGGUCUCUUCUCGUCCGAAUAGUGCUCAAUCUUCUCGGGCCGAGAGUGCGUCAUCCUCCCGUCCACCUUCGCGCCCGGGUAGCGCAGGAAGUUCUGCAAGUCGCUCUAGUUUUAUCGAAUCUCGGAAAUCUGAGCCGGACAUGGACGUAGAAAUGGAGAGCACUCCUGCCGCUGCACCUGCUCCUGUUGACCCUCGUCGUCCUUUAUUAAAAAAGCGUGGACCUCAAACUCGGACAGGAAUAAAGUUUAGCACCGCAUCAAAUACAGCCUCAACAAAAAGACCCCCAGCUUCUGGGCCAGGAAGUGGUAUGUCAAAUAAUGGAGGUGCAAGCAUUAACUUUACACCUGUGGCAAUUUCUGUCACAGCAGAAGAAGCAGAGGAACAUCUUACUGCACUUCAAAUUGAAAAUUGGUGUACAAUUAAGGAAAGGUUUGCUAGCUCCAAGUGGAUGGAACGAAAAGAAGCGAUUGAAGAAAUUGAAGGGUACGUCAAGGAGAAAUCCAACACGAUGAAUUUGAGCAUAAUCGAGGCGUUCACUAUUUAUCUUUCAAAGCAAGUGAAGGAUUUCAAGGAUAGUAACAUCAAUGUACUGAAGAGUGCAUUUCAAGCAGUAGGAACUUUUGCAGAAAGCGUUGCUGGCAAGUUCUCACGGGGUGUUGUAUGUCUUGUUACUCCUCGCGCGUGUGAAAAGAUUGGCGACAAGAAAGCAAACGAGACGAUCCGAACGAUGAUGAUGCAGUUUUGUGAAGCGACAGGUCCAUCAUAUACUAUGGGCUGUAUGAUUGACUACAUGCCAAAAGUUCGCUUACCGCUCGCACAUUUUGAAGCCUUGUCGGUCUUAUCCGAUUGUGUUAAAGAUUUUGGAGUAUCGAUGUGCAAUCCGCGGGCGCUUAUCGACUAUGUAAAAGGCCCUCAAGGUCUUGAAGCUUCCAAUCCCAAAGUUCGUACAGCUGCAAUAUCUUUGCUUAGUACCAUGUACUCGCAACUUGGACCUGCACUAGUUCCAAUCUUGAAUCUUGACAGCUGGAAACCAGCGUUGGCCAAGAGCGUAGAGGAAGAGUUUCAAAGAGUGGGCUUUGAUCCAUCAAAAGCAAUGAGCACCGUGAAGCGCCAAGUGAAGGGUCAAGAAGAGGUACCUGCUGCGGCAGACCCUGGUGCGCUGUUUGGUCGGAAAGAUAUAAGUAGCGAGAUUACCAAAGAUUUACUUGACGACAUGAAAAACGAGACUGACAAGGUGGCUUGGAAGAAGCGUGCAGAGGCGAUGGAUCGUGUCCAAGCCAUGUGUGAAAGUGCCGGCUAUGCGAUCGAGUUCACGCGACCUGUGCAAGAAGUACUUAGAAGUUUGAAAAUUCGGCUCAACGAUGCGAAUGCGAAUUUGAAGGUGAAAGCUGCGAACGUGAUUGGAGUUGUGGCAUCAAGCGUUGGACCUGACAUUGCCAAAAUGUCAAAAAUUCUUGGCGCGAGCUUGAUCGCUGGAGUGGCCGACAAUAAGAAGGCAAUGCAAGCUGCCGCGAUUCAAGCGCUUCAUAGAUGGGUUCGCCACAACAACAAAACCUCGUCUACUUGCAUGGAGAGCCUCACGGCGUCUCUGUCGGAGGGACUUUUAAAUUCGGUCGGACGCGCUGAGCUGCUUGGAUGGGCAGUGGAACAUUUGCGAAACUGUGACAAGCUCGACUUGACUUGCCUCGUGGCUCCAACUGUGCAAUGCAUAAUGGACAAAUCUUCUGAAGCGCGUGAGAAAGCUCAAGUUUUGCUUGUGGAAGUGAUGAAAUCCGUCGGCAAGGAAACUGUGUUGACAAUUGGAUGUCGUGACAUUAAGCCAGCUGCCAUGCGUGCUCUGAAGCCGAUACUGCAAAAAGCGUGUGAAAUGGUUGAUGCCGUUGAAAACACAGCUAGUAUGGACGAUGCUGUGUCUGUCGCUGUAGCAACGCCAUCGACCCCUACUACAAAAUCAUCUGCAGGUCAUAACUCUGCGGAUAGUAGUGUGAUGCGCAGAAGAGCUAGUCCAUCUGCAUCUGGCAAUACACCGAUUAAAUCGCGGAUUGCACGUCCUUCUUCGAUUCGGGCCUCACUGACGUCCUCUUCCUCGCUUUCAGAAAACGCAACGAAGGCUGUGCCAUUACUGAAAAUGAGUACCAAUAAAACGUCUCGAUUGUCCAAGGGCCAAUUCAACAAGUGGAUAUUCGAAACGACAUCCGUGAGUGAAAUGAAGUCACGGAAAAAUGAGAUCGAGGUCGAAUGGAAACCGUUUUUGUCACCAGAAUUUCAUGCCAAGUUGUUUGCUCCUUCCUUGGACAAAGGAAUGUUAGCUGCACUGGAUGAGCUGAUGCUGUGUAUAAUCAACCAGAAAGAUGAAGUGAUAUCGUCACUUGAUCUCAUUUUGAAAUGGUGCACUCUUCGAAUUGUAGACAAUAACGUGCAGGCAUUGGCAAAGUUGCUAGAAGUAUUGGUGAAACUGUUACAGAUGCUAAAAGGCGCUGGAUACCUGCUGGAUGACGUCGAAGCUUCAAUUUUGUUACCGUAUCUUCUUCAAGAAAGUGGUCAGUCGAAGCCACGCUUCCGCAUUCGCUUUCGUGACGUAAUGAAGCUCGUUGUGGACGUAUUCAGCCCGGAACGAUAUGUCCCAUACUUGAUCGAUUGUUUCAAUGGAUCAAAAAAUAUGAAGAGUAGAUGCGAAUGCAUUGACUUGGUUGAAUACAUUGUCACUGUGUACGGGCAUCACGUCAUAGGCCGCAAGUGUGUAAGGGAAGUGAGCAAGUAUGUCGUUGCUCACGAAAAGGAGCUUCGCGAAAGCGCUAUUAGUUUACUUGUGAGCGUGUACACUCGGACGGAAGGCACGAAUCCUGACAAGUUUUUUCGGUACGCGGGAAUUACCACGCAACAGGGCAUGGAUUUGCUUACUGCUCGUUUGAAGCAUUUGCCUGUAAGCAGUGUGCCCAGUGUAGCUGCUUCCACGCUUGGACCAAAGAUUACAUUUGAGCGAGAGAAUUCUCAACAAAGGACAGGAUUUGGCUUUGCACGAGCUUCUGCUGUUGCUGUACCAGCUACAAUGACAAAUUCUGUGCCUGAAACCCAGGAACUCGCUGAAACCCAGGAACUCGCUGAAACCCAGGAACUCGCUGUCGAUGAUGAUGUGGACAUGAGCAGACCAGCUAGCGAGGCAGAUGACGACGAAUCACACGGCGCGGCAAUCGAAGAGCUAUUGUUGCGACCUAUCGAGGGUCUAAUAAACUCAUCUAAGGAAGUUAUUCCGGCCGGAUCUCCUGCCUACAAGGAAGGCGGCAAUGCAUUGAAGGGGUUGUAUGCGAUUAUUAACCGUCCUACGGAUCCAUCUGAGAUUGAGUUUUUGCAUUCAUAUGUCAACGAGAUCGUUUUGGCUUUAUGUGACUGCAUUCAUGGUGCCUUCUACGCUGGCAACGCGGAAAAGAGACCGGAAAUGUAUAUUCUUGCAAUCAGCAUCACCACGCUGACUGUCGUUUUUAACAGCGAAGCCGUAACAAGUUUGCACCGCUUCACUGUAGAGCGCGUGUUGCUGGAGUUGUGCUCAAAGAUAAUGGACCCACGCAUGGAGAAAUUUGCGUCAAAGGCGAAUAUGCCAGCUUCUGAAAUUGCGAUGCUUCCUCCCGAAGAGAAGCGGUACCUGAUGGUUUUUAAGGCGCUUUACAAGGCAAUGAGAAAUUUAACAGAGCGCGCAAAACCCGGCGAUGUAUAUCCGUCAGUAAUCAACUUGUUGCAACGUCUCAUGCACAAUGACGUCGGUGAUUACAACAAAAAUGACACGCUUAAGCAUUUGUUAAAGGAAGACUCACUUGAUCAGCUCGUGGGACGAAUUUUGUUAAAGCUGUCAACAAUUCAAGCCAACUCGCUUAAUCCUUUUGAAGGGAUUGACAUUUUUGGUGUGCUUAUGCAAAUGCACAUGUUUUUAUCAACCUUACCUGGAGCGGAAGUGAUGAUGGUUGAUAUUGCUAAUGAUAACAUGCGUUCGGCUUUGAAGAUUAUGGCGGAAAGUCUAAUUAAAACACGAUCAAGCGUUUUUGAAGCAUCGAUGAAGGACAUUCCGCCAACUUCUCCGGUUCGUCAAGCACUUAGAGAUAUGGGCGUUGGCCAGAAGAAGGAGCAGGAAGUAACUGAGUCUACGAACUUGCGUCAUAAAGAAACUAGCAUUGCUAGCAUUGGCACUAACAGCUUGUCAUCAAGUGCAUCGCGAAUCACGAGCCAUUUUGGUGCCAGCAGUGCCUCUAAUGGUGCAGCUACUAUACCAGAGGAAAGCUUGACACGACGCUUAUUCCCGCCGCGUGGUAGCAGUAGUGUGACGCAAUCGGUCAGGACAGCGUCAGCGGCACUGUCAUCGACUGGAACGGCACUGGCUGGAGGAACUCGUGGCCGAAGCUUUACAUCUUUUCACGCUUUUGCUGCAAAUCGUGGCUUAGCGAGCACUACGUCGCGUCCGUCAACCACAAGUGCACAAUUAGAUAAUCUCCGAGAACGUUUGCAAAUGUCUCGCCAUUUUAGCUAG